CGCUCGUCGACUCUAGCGACGUAGCGUGCACCCAAACUUUCUCUCUGCUUAGUUUAUAGCGGUGUGAUAUCAUUCAGUUGGCCUACAUAAUUAGGACACUUUACUUUGUUUUCCAACUGAAAAUACCAAAUUAUAUUUAAGGUAUAAGUAUGAAGUGAUUCUCCAGCCAUUUUAUGCUUGUGGACAUUUGCAAUUGAGGACGCUGUUCUGACAGACCGGAAAUUUGAGGUCACAUAUCUGUGCCGGUAGUGGGAGUUGACAUCAAGAAGUUAAGUUGGGAGCUCUACCUACAGCUCGACAUGGACAUACUUGUAGGAGGAAUUGAAGGGUAAUUUGGGGCCACUUGCUCCAAGAUGGUCCUUAUGAAAUUAGAUGGUACAGUUGUGGCCAGGUCUGAGGGGCUUUGCACCAACCCUUGGCUGGUAGGACAAGAGGAAUGUAUGAAGAGGAUUUAUGACCUGUCCCUAGACAUCAAGAAACAAGCUGGUAUAGAUCCAAACACGCCACUUAAGGCUUUGGGUUUGUCCCUAAGUGGUGGCGGAGAAGAGGAAUCACAGAAGAAAAUCAUUGAGGCACUAAAGAACAAAUACAGCUCUCUAAGCGAAAACUACUUUAUAUGCAAUGACACCAUAGGUUCCAUGGCUACCGCUAAAGAGGAAGGUGGGGUUGUAUUGAUAUCAGGAACAGGCUCAAACUGUGUACUGGUCAAUAAAGAUGGACAGACAGCCGGGUGUGGAGGCUGGGGUCACCUUCUCGGGGAUGAGGGGGGAGCUUAUUGGAUGACCCAGAAAGCCUUGAAGAUGUUAUUUGAUCAUGAAGACAAUCUCUUUCCUUGUCCAUAUGAUGUGACUUUUGUUAAACAAACCAUGCGCAAUCAUUUCAAGAUUGAAUCUCAAAUGGAUUUGCUGGAACACCUCUAUACCAAAUUUGACAAGAGUUUUAUUGCAUCCAUGAGCAAAGAACUAUCUAAAGGUGCCUUAGAAAAGAAAGAUCCUCUCUGUUGUCAUGUGUUUUGUGAAGCUGGAAAGAUUCUUGCUCGGCAUGUUUUAGCCGUGGCUGCAAAAGCAGAUAAGGCCCUUCUUAAUCUUGAUGGUGGACUACCUAUUGUUUGUGUUGGCUCAGUGUGGAAGAGUUGGGAGGCCUUAAAAGAUGGUUUCCUAGAAGGCAUGAAGUCUCGUCCUGAUGUGAAAAUCUCAGAGUUCACAUUGCUGCGCUUGCAUGAAACUGGAGCUCUGGGUGCAGCUUUUCUUGCAGCCAAGGCAGCAAAGCUCCACCUGCAUUUGAAUUAUGCAGCAAAUGCUGAUGUUUUCUUUCACCACAAAUUUUAAAUCAGUGUUGCAUUGUUAUUCAAUCAUGUAAUAAUUGCACUUCAGUACAUUCCUAUGAGGAAAAAAAUGGACCAAACUAUCAUGAUUGUUUUAUAACAAAGAGAAUACAUUUAGAACGAUUUGUAUCACAGUCUGCAUGUGAGAAAUUACAAGUAUUUUUUAACUAUUUUAACCAUUUAUCAUUGAGCAUUUUCAAGUGGAUUACCUAUAAUAUAGAAGGAUUAUAGAUACUCCCUUCUGUCCCUUCCACUGAAGAUUAAACAUUCUCAACUGUUUCAAUUUGAAAAUUAUAUCAUUAAUUGUACGGUGAUCAAUUCACGAGUGCCUGCACCAGCAAUUGGUGGGAAUACUGUCAUGGUGAGGCAUGUUCUGAUCAAAACAUGCAUUUGGGAUGCUAGUCAUUGAAAAGAGAGGAAGAGGGGGGUGCUUUCUGCAUAAAUUGAGAUGAAUACCAUUUUUUUUUUUUUUACUUUGACUUUAUUUGGAAGUAUUUAUAUUAUGAAUACUAUAAAAUACAGUGAUUCGAAACCAACUUGAGCGAUGCAUUUUACUAAACAGAAUUAUUGUAAUUUUUAUAAAAUUAUUCACUUGUACUGUAACUGUUUCAUCUGUCCCCCACCCCUAGUACUUAGUACACUCUCUAGCUGUGCAAUAUAUGGUAAUAUAAUGAUACUUAAUAGUAAUCAUGUAUUCUAAUUAUGUUUUUGCUAAGCUUUCACAAUUAAAAUUGUAGACUUGUAAAGUCCAAUCUUUUAUUACCAGCAGUUUAUUUCAACCGUUUUUGAGGUUUGAAAUAAUUUUGAAUUUUGUGAAUGAAGUCCCAGAUACACCACACAAUGUAUUCAAAAUAUGGUUUGGUCUUUAAAUUGGCAUGGAAAGCUUUUAGGUAGCUCAGUAGUUGCAGCACAGUGUUAAGGUACUCUUUGCACAUAGAAAGUGUCAUAUUGUAUUCUGGAGUCAAUGUAUUCAGGAUAUAAAACGAUCAAGAUUUUGUGGCUAGCUUAUUGAGCCUUUCUCGAUUUCAAGCAUGAAAAUUUAAUCAGAGUUGCAAGAUUUACAGACUCAUUUGAAUAAAUCUGACCAAUUCCAGAAAAACCA